AUGGGCAUGCUUGUCAAAAUAUUAUGGCCAGAUGCACUGCUGUUCCUGCGCACUUCGGAGGGUGAUACUAACGGAUUGCGGAGCGGAGGUGAGGACUGUGAUGCCUUCUGGAAAAAGGUUUUCGAUGCUCCUGAGUAUGCAAGAUUUGCAUCGGGGAGGUUAUCGCGUUCUCUGGCUGUUGGAGUGAAGGACAAAAGGGAGCUGGGCGCGGAGUGGUGGGAUAUCCCAUCGGCCGUGUAUUGGGCAGAGGAAUGGAUGGGAGGGAAGGAAGAUCGUGAGAAGAUCGUCAUGGCUAGACGGGAAGAAAAGCGACAACAGCAAGAACAGGAAAGAAUAAAACUGGAGGCCGAGGCAGAAAAGGAGCAGCAGUUGAAGGCUGCUGAGCCAGUACUUGACGCCAAGGAAGAAGGGAGCGUUAAAGGCAAACUCAAACUCCUAGAUGAGGCAAAGAAGGAUGGUCUUGUUGCUGGCGGGAAUGCGGGUGUCUAUCCCACUCCGCCCGACGGCGGGCAGCAACAGCAACAACAGCAGCAGCAGCAGCAGCAACAGCAACCACAGCAGCAGCAACUCCCAGGGCCCUCCUCGACAAGCCCGGGUAGUAGCGCACCGAAUACGACAUCCAAUACCGCCCCUACCACUGUUGCAACAGACAUGGAUCUUGGCUGGAUAGAUGGAGUUAUGCCGGAUGCCGUUCCCGGCCCCGUUCGGAAGCAAAGCGAUGCAACCGGAGGAGUGGCGCUGGCGGGAGGUACUGGAGAAGCGGAUCUGUUCGGAGGAGACAUGGAUGAAGAUAUGUUUGCAGGGGGGGUCACAGAAGACGACUUUGCAUUUUUUGACAAUAAUCCCGGACAAUUAGACGGAUUCGGGGGUGGUGGUGGGGGUGCUGGAGACGUGGAUAUGGGACUUGAUGUCGAUUUUGGAGGCGGGGGCACAGUAGAUCUAGAGGUGGAGUCACCGGAAGUCACCAUGAAGGAGGAUAUGCUCGCUCUAGUGGAUACACCCGGCAUGCCAACACAAAAUAUGGAUCAAUCUGCAGAAGAAUCAAAACCUGCAGAGCUGUCCGCAUCCGACAAAGCAGAGCCACAUAUCCAGACACCACCAUUAAGUCCACAUAGAGCUAUUCGAUUAUUGGUUCCUGAAUAUGCCUCCAACCCGACGAGGAGUUCCCAGCAUCUUACACCACCUACAACGGUUUCCGCCAUGAAGACCCCGCAGAAAAAUGGGGGGUUCGCACCAUUAGGCGGCGGGGUCAGUGAGGCCAAACGUCGGAUGUCACUCUAUUCACCUAUCACAUUCACUACAAAAGUUGAAAUGGCGGAUCGAAAAUAUGCACCUGGAGGCCGAUUCUUUUUACCGGAGAGCAUAAAAGAGAAGGAGCAGAAGGAGCUAGAGAAGGAGCAAGACAUUACCACCAUUGGUCUGAAGCGAAAAAGAGGUGGCAGUAUGUAUAUGCGAUCAGUGGUUGUAGAGGAAGCCGCUGCACCAGAGGUGGCUGAAGUAGUGCUUGGAGACGAGGAUGCAGUCAUGGAUGAUAGUGAUGGAGCAGUAGGGGAAGGGGAAGAUGAGAGCGAAUUCUACUCUGGGGAUGAAACAAGCAGCGAAAGUGACGCCGACGACGAAACUGACGAAGAGGAGGAGGAACCUGGGGGUGGAGCAUACUAUACAAGUCCGGUAGCUGUGGCAUACGGUAGUGGUAUGGCCCGCAGAAAACGGAAGCGAGCAUAUGAAAACGAGGAUCAGGAAAUGGAACUGGCGCCGCCGAUAUUGGACUCCGCAAAAAGAGACAUAGGGGUCGGAGCAGAUGGGGAAGUCGAAGUUCCAGGAGAAAUGGCGCCACCGCCUUGGGAGGUGAUGGUACCGGACCUUACGGAACCGAACCUGGUUGGAAUAUUCUCGAACAUCAGUUUAGAAACAGAAGCUAUAUCACUUGCGCGCUUGGGAGAUAAUGAAUUUGCUACCGUUAGCAGACUGGUUCGCGAUCAGAUCGUCUACGGAACAACCAAACCUCUUGGGGACUUAAUGGAGAUGAGUGGUAUCGAGACAACUGUCGAGGAUGACGAUGAGGAAUGGUGUGCCAUACGGCAACGUCGGGGGAAAGAUGAAGGUGCAGUGGAAGAUGCUGUGAAGUCGCUCUUUGGGAAGACGGGUGUCGCAAGGUGCACAUUAGAAGCCUAUGUUGCAAUAGCAGAUGCGGUCAUUGAGCCACCACCACUACUUGGUCGUGCCGCGGCUAUGCGGCCAAUACCUCAACCCCGGCGUGGGGGAAUUGCGUCGGCGAUGGCCAAGAGACCCGAGGCGGAAGUCAACACAGCAGUUUUCAAACUACCGCCCCCGCAUGUUCAUAUCCAUAGAGCGGAGUCUGCGCUUGAAAUAUUACCACCGGCCUUACAUUUUUGGGAAACGUUUGGGUUUGGCCCGUGUUCUGGUGCCAAGAAUGUCAUUGCUUUCUGCCUGCAUCCUGAUUCUCGAUCAAUGGAGGAAGCAGCGGAUGCCUUUCUAGAGAGAGUUUCAGGAGCCUACGAAAGCGGGCGGUAUGGUGUACACGUUCGAGCAAAACUAGACGGAGUGGUAGAGAAUGGGGGGUAUGGAGUUAAGGAACGAGACAUAGAAGCAGUCAUUAAAGCAAUGGAGGGUUUCGGUAGUGUGCUUGCGAACGUUGCGGAUGAAGGUUGCAAUAUUGUUGUUUACGUGGUUAACCCCUUUGAACAUCCAAGCGCACUUGUGGAUAUCUGCGUAGGGUUUUCGAAGAUGAAGAAGAUUUAUGAGAGUCGGUUAGGGGGUAUCAAAGGGAACAAUCUGGUGCUCCAAGUUGUUCGCGCAGGCUUCCUUGCACGGAAAAUGGGGGCUGUUGGUACUGGACAGGCGGAAUGGGCUAGGCUAGCUGCGGAGGUGUACAAUCGGUGUGUGCCGAGUGAUGGUGCAUCAUCACCAGAAGAGGUAUAG